AUGGCGUCGGUGCACAAACAGUCAGCCUUGUCAUGGCUAACCAUUUGGUCAACUCUGUUCACGCUGCUUGCAUUCAAUGUGAUAGGCACCACAGCUGCAGAUGAGAUCAGGUGGAUCAAGUACACUGGAAAUGAUGGCAUCGUUUGGCUAGAUGAUGCUCGCAGACCUUCAUUGUAUACUCAGAAUUUUGGUGACUGUCAGGGGGACUCCCUCAUCAACGUCACCCGCUUCGACGCGGCUUAUUACAAGGAUAACAUGACUGUGCUCUUUCACUUGGAAGGCAAUUCUGCACUUGCCAACGAAGAUUUGAUGCUGUAUAUCGGAGUUUUCGCUUAUGGCGAGUCUCGCUUCAACCUUACCUUCAAUCCUUGCAAUGCCAAUAUCGACAGCUUGUGUCCUCUCAACUCUUCAAUUCCGAUAACUGCGAACGGUAUUAUUCCAGUAGCACCAUCAGAUGUCGCUAACAUCCCAUCGAUCGCGCUGACUAUCCCCGAUUUUGAAGGCCAGGCCAUCCUGCGAAUCUUUGCAAAUUCCACCGAGUCUCAGAUAGCGUGCUUCUCAGCUGUCGUCACUAACGGAGCCACCUUCAGGCACACUGCCGCUGUGUCCUCGGUUUUGGGACUGUUCACAGCCGUUGCACUGCUGUCGUCAUUCGCCGUUACAAUAUACGGCCAGAGCAUUCCUGAGACCAGGAAACACUAUGCACAUUCCAUUUCAAUCUUUGUGGUUUUCUCCGUUUACCAGCAUAUUUUCUUUACUGGAGGACUCUCUAUGAACUGGCCCAGUGUCUUGGUCUCGUUCUGGAGCAACUAUGCAUGGUCGGCUGGUAUAAUCUACAACCAGAAAAUGCAGAACUCGAUCAACCAAUUCAUCGGUGGAAACCGUGGAAAUAUCAGUAUGGUGGGCGCUGCCCAAAGUGGUGAAAAUGCGGUUGGUCUUGGUGGAGGAUAUCAGAUUUCUCAAAUCUACAAGAGAACAUCAGCGAUCCUUUUUGAACCUGCGAGCACAUUUCGACUGCCAGACUUUGAAGAUGUCCUCAAGCGAAGACAAGUCGCAAACAGCACAGGACCCUCCUGGUAUGGUGCCCCUGUGUACCCCGGACUGCCGCUGCCAGGAAAUUAUUCAGGCUUCGCAGGAACUCUGGGUCAGAUGGAGAUUCCGGCAUCCAAUGCCUUUUUGACUGGAUUGUUGUGGUUUCUGAUUCUCAUUGCCUGUUUAAUAGCACUCGUUGUGCUCAUAAAGCUGGCCAUUGAGUGCUUGUCCAAGCUACGCUGGAUCAACAGUGACCGCCUUGGUUUCUUCAGGAGGCACUGGAUUUGGUUUACUGGUGCGCUAGUGCUGCGAGCUUGUUACGUUGCGUUCUUUAUGAUGAUGUUCCUCACAAUGUUCCAAUUCACCUUGGGAGGUGCCACGAGUGUAAAAGCAAUAGCGGCGGUGACGUUUGUGGCCUUCCUGGUCGGCAUGCUAGGUGUCACUGUGUAUGCACUAUGGUAUAGAACAAAGUCCGAGCGGCUAUCGGAAGAGUCAAGAUCUGCGGGAAAGGCCGAAACCUCGAUACCACAACCCAGUGAUGAUCCUGAACAAAUACAGAAGUCCCCCAGUUGGAUACAGCGCCACCUAUCUAAUCUGGACUCUGGACUCGUCCACGUGCAUGAUGAUGAAAUCUACACAACAAAGUUCGGCUGGCUAGCCUCGAGGUUUCGUCGCAGUCGAUGGUGGUUUUUCUCGGCCUGGCUGCUGUAUGAGCUAGUAAGGGCUGCUUUUUACGGAGGUGCUGCAGGCCACCCGUUGAUCCAAGUCUUUGGGCUUUUGGCUUGGGAAAUCAUUGCGCUGGUUGCGAUCGUUCUUUUAAAACCAUUUGAGAGCAACCGCCUCAACAUCCUCAUGGUGUACCUUUUGGGAUUCAGUAAGGUCUCCACAGUUGCUCUUUCAUCGGCAUUCGACCCCAGAUUCAAACUCGCCAGAAUCCUGACUACGGUCAUCGGGGUUAUCAUCAUCGUCAUUCAAGGUCUGCUCACUAUCUGUCUAAUGAUUGCUAUUGCUCUUGGAGCCAUUUCGAGCUACAUGUCUCUCACAAGGUAUCAUGAAACGAUAAAGCCAGCGUCAUGGUUGAAGAACCGUACUCGUUAUUUGGCACACAUAGACCAGAAGGCUACUGACCAACCCAAGCCUCCACCACCACCGCCGCCACCAGAGCCGGAGUUCCCCAAGGAACCAUAUUUUACAGUAUCUACUGUUCGCAGACAGCCAAAGAUUUCCGAUGAAGAUCCCGAUGAUCCAGAGGAUACUGCAUCGACGAGGCAAUCAGUCGAACCGGGAAUGGGUGAAAACAGCGUCGCUAAUCUGCCUCGUAAUUCCUCAGUGCGAUCUCGACCCAGUUCAUCGACCUUACCAUAUGGAGCGAGGGUGCAUAGAACAAGCUGGAGCACUCGAGAUUUCCAGCAAUUGGACUUGAAUACAGCUUCGAAUGCCCCUCACUCUCGCAUGAGCAUGGACAGCUUGCAUGAUGUUUCCAUGAGGCAUCGUGCGGCUAGUCUGAGAAAUACCUCACGAGAUUAUCCUGAUACGAUAGUCUCGAAUGUCGCGCCGGUUGAGGGGAACUACAGAGGACACGGUAGAACACAGUCUAUGAAAUAUGCGCCGAAGCGGAACAGUUCCAUUGUGGACGAGGAAAAGGAAGCUGAUAUCGACGCGAUAACACCACGGUAG